GUCACUGCUAUACCUUUUGGCUCAUUUCAGCCUUGUGGUUGGUCGGCGUUGCACCUCGGAUACCGGCUGGGGAAACAAACUUUUCAAAGGAGUUUCGUGUUUUUCUGGAUUAUUUCACUUCUGAUAACUAGCAGUUUAACCUCAGGUGAGUUUUUUUAAAGCAGAAAUUCAGCUUUUUUCUAAAGAAACUCAAAAGUUCUUUAUGUCUGAGGAGCCCAGUAACCUGAGACUUGUGACUGAAUUCAGUUUAUCCACUGUCAGCCAUUCAGUUAAACAGCCAGUCCAGGAAUCCAGAAUGAACGAAUAUACUAGAAUUCAAGCCUUAAACGAGAACAUCAGUAGGGAGCGUGAAGGAUUUGAGGAAAUCCCGUUUCACCAAGUCAUAUCUGAGCCCAGUACUCAGAGCCUUGACACUGAAUUCAUGUUUCCCUCUGUCAGUGAUGCAGUUAAACAGCAAAUCCAAGAAGCCAGGAUGAAGGACAAUUCUAUUAUUCAAGGAUUAAAGUUUAAACUCACAGCUCUGAUUCAAGGGCUUGAAGAACAAAUGUUUAAACUUCAAAAAGAUCGAGAAGAUUUUGAAAUCAGCAAAGUUAGAUCAAUUGAGGAAAUAGAGGGUAUGAAAUAUUGUCUACUGGAGCAGAGAAAAUACUUUGAAGAGGAAAGAUCUCUAUCAGAGUACGAGAUCAAUGAAAUUCAGACUUUUCAACAACAUGAAAGAGAAAUGAUUGAACAUUUGAAAUACAAUUUAGCAGUUCAGAGCAACGACCUGCAGGAAGAAAAAGUAAGCUUACAAGAGGAAUGGCAUCAUCUCGAGCAGGCAAAGCUCCAAAUGAAAGCGGUUUAUGAAAACCUACAGGAGGAAAAUGAGAAACUGAAGACACACAUAAAGGAUAUCGAGAGAGCCAAAGCAGACGCUGAUAGAGAGAUUGAAAACAUGAAAAUUCAACUCGAAGCAGAUAAAACGUUGUUUGAACAGACGAAGAAAAGCUCCGAGCUGGAGUUUGUAACUAUGAGAGAAGCUUUGGAUGAUGAGAAACGUCAGCUUGACUGUGAGAAAACAGAGUUUGAGAAAACAAAGACUGAAUCACAGCAGGAGAUAAGAGACACCAUUCAAAUGCUGAAUGAUGAGAAAAUGGAUCUAGAAAUUAGAAUUGGACAUCUACACAAAGAAAAAUCUGAGUUUGAACAGAAAAAGGCUGAAGCUGAACGGGAGAUAGAAGACACCAUUCAAAUGCUGGGUAAGGAGAAAAUGUAUAUAGAAUUUAGUACUGGACGUCUAAACGAAGAGAUAUGCGAGCUGAAAGCCAGAUACCAGCUCGUGAACAAGCAGGAGGCUACUCUUGAGGAGAAAAAGCAGGAACUUCAGGAACAAACUAUUAAACAAAACGAUGAGAAAAAGAAACUAGAGGAAACAAAAAUCAAAUUGGAUCAGGUCUACGACAAACUGCUGAAAGGUAAAGCUAAACUGAAGAAAAACAUCCAAAAGUUUAAGACUAACAAAGCAGAAAUGCAGCAGAUGAUGGGAAGUCUAGAAGAACAGAAAAAGGUGUUCGACGAGACAAAGAAAAGCUCUGAGCAGGAUUUAAUAAAUAUGAGAAAAGCUCUGGAUGAUGAGAAACUUCUGCUUGAAGCUAGUAAAGAAAACCUAAAUAUGCAGAGAACUGCGUUCGAACAGAAAAAGGCUGAAGCUGAACGGGAGAUAGAAGACACCAUUCAAAUGCUGGGUAAGGAGAAAAUGUAUAUAGAAUUUAGUACUGGACGUCUAAACGAAGAGAUAUGCGAGCUGAAAGCCAGAUACCAGCUCGUGAACAAGCAGGAGGCUACUCUUGAGGAGGAAAAGCGGGAACUUCAGGAACAAACUAUUAAACAAAACGAUGAGAAAAAGAAACUAGAGGAAACAAAAAUCAAAUUGGAUCAGGUCUACGACAAACUGCUGAAAGGUAAAGCUAAACUGAAGAAAAACAUCCAGAAGUUUAAGACUAACAAAGCAGAAAUGUAGCAGAUGAUGGGAAGUCUAGAAGAACAGAAAAAGGUGUUCGACGAGACAAAGAAAAGCUCUGAGCAGUAGAUCAGAAACAUGAGCUAUUCAUGGAGACAGAGCAGCUGGUGAGUGAAUUGAAAUGCAAAGCAAAUUACUGAAUUAAUUUAGCUGCACACAGGCUGCUUUACACAGCAGCUCUUGGUUCAGCAGGUUACGUCUAAGGUACCCUAACCCUUAAGCCGGGCGUACACUGUGCGACUUUUUCACUUUUUGAGCCGAUUUUCCACUCGUGCGAGAAUCCACAAGAUUGGGGUGAGUUUGGCGCCGAGCGUGGUGUAGUGUACAGGGGGUUACGAGAGGCGAUUAACACCACGUGACCAGCUACCGAUCAGCAAUCGUGAGCUCGCACGGACUUCUGGCGUUGUGGUGGCCAUUUCAGUAAAGUAGCAUAAAUCUGUUAGUUGUAAAUUUCUUUUAGAAUUUCUUAUCAUUCCUUUUCUAAUAAGUUAAGUUUGCAAUUUAAAUGUGUUAAUUUUAAUUUUUUGGUAAAUUGAUGUAUUUGUGAACUUUUUGGACACGCCUUAGUCAUUAAGCUGAUUAGUAGCACAUGGGGAGGCGUGUGGAAAAUGUUUGUUUGCCAAGUGUCAGGGGAGAUGGGAGGAUUUGGUUAAAUGAUUUUUUGACUAUUUUUUAGACCUGAUAAUUUAAGGUUAAUUUUCGUUGGAUGAAAAGUAGAACAUUUUGAAUGAAUUUUGAACUUUUUUUUUUUUGGAAGAAUGAACCAUUUAUAAAAUUUGAAAGAAAUCAAGUCAAAAAGUGCGUCUGGUAGCAACACGUCGGACCUAAAAAUAUGCUAAAAAUAGCAGUUUUUACUCAACACGUUAGACGUUUUUGUCUUGUUUUGCCUGUUGUCCUUCGGGAGUGCUGCAGGAGGACACACAGGGUUUUAUGGGGGUUGGAUGAGGAAAACGAAAUAAAGAAAGUAAAUCUUUGUUUUGUGAUCAGUUUAAUUUGACAUGAACACGACAAACACGCUUUCUUGACCAUCUCUGUGAGUAAAAAAACGUGUAGAAAUUAAAACGAACAACGUGUGUUAUUAGGGAAAUAGCGGGCGAGCGGUGUUGAUGCAGGAUUGCGCAUGCGCCGUGAGCGGUUCUGAUACUUUUUGGGUCGCAGCUGCUCGCAGCGCCGCUUCAACAGUAAGAUACCCUCAUGAGGGACGAGCAAAAUAUUAAACACGCCAGAAGUCCAUGCGAGCUCACGAUUGCUGAUCGGUAGCUGGUCACGUGGUGUUAAGCGCCUCUCGUAACCCCCUGUACACUACACGACGCUCAGCGCAAAACUCGCCUCGAUCUCGUGGAUUCUCGCACGAGUGGAAAAUCGGCUCAAAAAAGUGAAAAAGUCGCACAGUGUACGCCCGGCUUUAGAUAGAAAACGUUUACAUUUGAUUAA